ACACACUCACACAGAGCCGCGCCUGGACGGCGCAUCGGCAGGAAAACUGGCUACGUGAAACACAUGUGCAUUAGAACGGGGUUCGUGCAGACGCUCCCCUGCAGUGCCUCGGAAGCGUACGCUGGAAUUCUUUGCCCCAGCGAAGCGCGAAGGUAUGCUACAGUGCGCCGGAGGAGGAGGAGGAGGAGGAUCGACUGGCGUUGGCACGCUAAUAAUUGCUGACGCGCUGAACGUGGUGGAAACAUGCCGGGCUCAUGAUUUCGCACACCUCGUGGCCCAUCCCCCAUUAUAUACACUAUAUGAGGCUUCCCGAUGGUCCUGCUAAAGAAACACCAGAAAGUGGUUCUGCCGCGAACAGAGCUGCCAAUGAAUCAUCAUUGUUGGUAUCGAAUACUUAGAGCCACUUGCUCCUCCUUCAUUGAAAUUUUGAUCGCGACAUCGAGACCAAGCAUGCAGUGCGCGGAUUGUCCCAAUGGCUCACCAAAGAAAUCACGAUGUUGCUGCUGAAGUUUCUUGCAUGCUCAGUUCGCAAGUUCAAGUUCUAGUUGAUGCCAACAACACUGAUGUUUGGGGAGCGAGGACACUUCAUUAGGGAGUGCAGAAGGUGGACUUUCGGCCGAACGGAAAACAUGAGGUGCUAUUCAUUGCCAACCCUUGUUCCGCGAAUUUUCCGUGCGCGAAUGAUAGUCGAGUGGUAUGGUGGCUCGCCUUGAUUAUCGCGGUCGUACGCAUGGUUUCGCAAAGCUGCUUCCAAGAGAAAUAUGGUCACUUUGACACGCACAGGCUCACUUCAUGACCAUCACUACCAUUAGCAUUUGUCACCCUCGCCAGCCCCAUCGUUUUCGCCAUCAAUGGUGGAUACAACAACCGUCAUCAUCACUAUCACCCACACAUGAUCCCAGACAUAACCUUUCUUACCACAACGUGCAGCUAUUUCGGCUUAAGAGCCUUUGAAUGCAGAGUUGCUGUCUUCUGGCCGCCUCCUUCAACGUUCUGGACGUCGUGUGUGAGUGGUGUAGCUCGACACACGUUUCCUCCGUACUUUUCGGUAUGCUUGCACCGUGUGACGCCGCUCAUUCCAUUAAUUUGUACCAUCAAUCAGCGGCCUUUCUCUGGUACUUUCGCAGUCCGCUUGCCUUUGCGUUGACAAGGCCCAGGAGGAAGAACAGUGAGCCUUGAUCAGUACAGUAAUGUAUAUCGCCCGAGACACGAUUCUGUUUUUCCUCGACGGUGGCGGGUGCUGAUGUGUCUGGGGGAGGCGAGGGAACGAUGAAAAAGGUGCGAUUGAGGGUCGGCGCCGGCGCCGCUGUUCGAGGGCAGCCAGGCAGAAGGGUCUGAGGGAUGGUCGGAUUCUCAUUUUUUUUAGCGUGCUUGUUUUGUGCGUUCUCUCCAUUGGGCUUUUGGGGUGUGCACCGAAGGGUGCCUUCUGGCUGUUUUGGUGUGCCCCUGGGUCCUUGUCGAUUGAGCUCGAUGGAACCCUUAGGUUCUCUUCGAUCGAGCUCGGUUUUGGUCUGCCCCUGGGUUCGGGGGUGGACAGAAUCCCUAACAGUGACACGUCGAUUAGUGAAUUGUCCGUUUUCGGUUCGAGAGGGCGCCGUGGCCGUUAUUUUCCAGGCUUGCGCCCGCCAGGUUUGGGCCUCAGGCCGUUUUCACUAAACCACGUUUUACUAAAGGGAGGUCUGUCCAUCCCCGAUGGGUUCUUGUCGACUGAGCUCGAGUGCGCCAGAGAUGUCCGUCGCCAGGCCGCUUCGCCUGGUGGCGUGCCAGGCGGCUCCUCGGCUGUCGCCCAGGUGCCGCGCCCUGGCGGCUCGUCGCCCCCGGCUCUCAGCGCCUGGUCGUCUGCCGCGAGAGGUUAUCACGUUGGACGUCGAUUUCCCGGACCCUCCGCACGUGAAUUUCUGUUCGCUGGUGGACGUAGAUGCGAAGGACGGGAACUUGAAUUUCACCACCCUCGAACUGCCAGCUACGAGCGCCAGGGAUUACAAUUUUCCAGCAGCAUGGGAAUCCAGUGUUUUUUUGAGAUUGCCACACCCUUGCGAGCCCCCGAAGUAUCCUGGGAGGCUUGCGCCAAAUCUUUUUCCGACGCAGAUCUGGAUCCUGGUGCGUGGGCGUUUGCCGAGCGUGCCGCGACCUUGCGGCAAUCCUUGCUCGCAAACGAUGCGACAGUGGAUGAGUUCAGAGAAGGCAGAGUUUUUGGUUUCUGAGCGAAUCUGCUGGAGUGGGCCCUCUGCUCGUUGUGCACCCAUCGUCGGUACCCCGCAUGUGAAGCUGUAGCAGCCCCCUCGAAAAACAUCCACACUGCCGGAUCCAUGAACGCAAUCAGCACCAUGGCUUUCGUUCACCGAG